CCCCUCAGAGAACAAGUUUGCUGUCGCGAGUGGAGCCCGUUGCAUCUUUGUAUGCUCAUUCGAUGAAGAAAUGAAUUGGUGGGCUUCCAAGCAAAUCAAAAAGCCUAUCAGGAGCACCGUACUUUCCAUUGAUUGGCACCCUAACAAUGUCUUACUCGCGGCUGGAAGCGCCGAUAUGAAGGCCAGAGUGUUCUCGACAUAUCUCAAAGAAGUAGACUCCAAGUAUGUUUACGAUAGAAUUUGA